AUGUGUCUCUACUGGAAGAAAUACCACACGUGCAAGCACGUCUCCGACCGACUCUACAUCGAAAUGUGCCGUCCGGGCUACCUCUCCAACACCGUGUGCCCCGAUAUCAGCGAAGACCCCUCACCCCGCAAGUCCUACUUCCCCUGCUGGUCCUGCAUCAAAGCGGAAGCACGCUCGGAUAUCGAAGCUCAAGCCUGUCUUGAACAGGAGGCGGUUGCGAAGGCCUGCGAAGCAAAGGAGAAAGCGAUCAAGGAGAGGCAGGCAGUCGAGUUGAAAGCUAAAGAAGAGAGGGUUAGACGAGAGGCAAAGGAGAAAGCGAUUAAGGAGCGCGAGGAAGAACUCAGGAUCAAGAGGGAGAAGGAAGAAGAGGAGCGUAAGGCGAGGAAAGAAGGCGGAUUGUGGAUUGAGACUGGCAAUGGGAAGAAGGGGAAGGGAAGGAAGAGUGGCAGUAAGGGUAGUCUGACGACACCUGUUUCUGCCCUGCCAGUCCUGAAGACUGUUGCUGGGCUGAAGGACAGGAAGGAAAAUAGCCCGAAGAAGGAGCGCAGCAUGGAUCCUGGCGGCAGGGCGGGGAUUUGGGGCCCGAAGAAGAUUCUCAGUCGGAAGGAGAAUGAGAGUAUCGGUGGUAGUGUUAAUGGCGGUGGAGGCGUGAAUGGCGCCACCUAG